GUAGGUGUAUCAAGCUCGGAUCGAAGGAGGGAAAAAAAAAAAAAAAAAAAAGAAUGAAAAUGGCGCAAGAAGAAUUCAGAAAGGGUCCAUGGACUGAACAGGAGGACAUUCUCUUGAUCAACUUUGUGCACUUGUUUGGCGAUCGGCGAUGGGAUUCCAUCGCCAAAGUUUCAGGUUUGAAGGUGGCGGGAGGCAAAUAAUAGGUUUGAACAGAACUGGAAAGAGUUGCAGGUUGCGAUGGGUUAAUUAUCUUCACCCUGGACUCAAAAGGGGGAAGAUGACACCCCAAGAAGAGAGACUUGUGUUGGAACUUCAUGCCAAAUUGGGAAAUCGGUGGUCAAGAAUUGCUCGCAAAUUACCAGGCAGAACGGAUAAUGAGAUAAAGAACUAUUGGAGGACUCAUAUGAGGAAGAAGGCUCAAGAGAGGAAGAGAGCUAUGUCUCCAUCACUGUCAUCUUCCAACAGUUCCCCUACAUCAAACAUUACUACAGUGAAUUCAUCAACUUUCCCAGAGACUGGAAAAGUAAGCUUUUAUGAUACAGGGGGGCUUGAAUCAUCACCUUCAGGGGGAAAAAAUAUAGGUGAGGCAGUGCAAGGAGGUGAAAAAUGUUACCCAAUUGAUGAUAUAUGGAAAGAUAUUGAAAGCACUACUAUUGAACCAGUUUAUGAUGGGUUCAGUGAAGAGGGUUGCAAUUUCUCCUGUCUUUCAAUCGCAUCUCCAUCAUGGGAGUAUUGUUCAGACACACUGUGGAGAAUGGAUGAAGAGGAGAGUAAGAUGUUUCUCCCCUAUGAGUAUGGGACAGUGUUUUUAACUGGCUAAUCAGAAAUUCUUUAUUUAUAUUUCUUCAUAGAAGUCAAGUUUCUCUGAGGAAGCUCUAACCUGUAUGGUAUGGGUUUCUCUAUGCUUUCUGAUGUGUAAUCAUCUUAUGCAUAAUCUAUGUCCCUGUGUUUGUGUGUUUUCACUUUUCAGAGAGGAAGAGAGAACCUUAACAAAUCUCCUGUGAGGAGAUUGUUAUGUUCAAUGAUGUAUGAUAUAGCUUUUAAGUUUUAAUGUUGGAAUGAAGCUGGUGCAACAUUAAAAUCCCAA